GUGAACUGUCUGGCCAAUGGAGUUUCCAUCGCUGGCUUCCUGAUCGCCUGUGAGACGGGCGUGCUCCUGCCGUUCCAUGAGUGUGACAUGCCCGUCAUUCAGGAGCUUCCACACGUGGAUGCCGACUCGGCCAAGUUCGCGGACUGGGUGCGGAGUGUGUCGCUGGCGCCGAAUGCUCUGUGGGUCGACGCGCCAGUCUACGCGCCCCUGUCGACGACGCGGCUGGACCCCGACGAAUGCAUGGCCAAAUGCACGAGGGCGGUAGAGAAGUCCGAGACGAUCACCGCGGAGGCCCCUGAG